AACAGUACGCGAAUCGCAAACCAUAGUCGCCCGCGCGUUGACGUAUUUCAAAAAUGCAGAGCAUGAAAAUAAAUACAUUAUUAAUAUUAAUUAUUUCGUUAAGUGCAACAUCAAGUAAUGAUGAUUUUGAUGACAUAGUGACGGUAUCCGAUGAAGACUAUGCAGUACCAGAGCCAAGCAAUUACAAUGGAUAUGAGUUUGUUAAAAAGCAGAAACGGCAUACGUCUUCUCCUUAUAAAAGCAGAGUUCUGGAAGCUAUGCUAAACACUCCCAUGUACCACCUGAACACAUCAGAGAGUGAUGUAUUUUCUGCAUUUAGAGAUCAAUACGAACUACCGAAAGGUUUCAAAGGACCGUUAAAGAUAUACGAUUUCAUAAUUGUUGGGGCCGGAUCAGCCGGUAGUGUUCUGGCUGCUAGAUUGAGUGAGGGCAAGAAAGCCUCAGUGCUGCUAUUGGAGGCUGGUGUCGGCGAGUCAAUUAUUGGAAGCGUCCCCAUACUUGCACCCUUGUUACAACAAACUGAUUACGUAUGGCCCUACCUCAUGGAACCUCAGCCUGGAGUUUGUAUGGGAAUGGACAAUGAGAGAUGUUUCUGGCCGAGAGGUAAAGCUGUGGGAGGGACGAGUGCUGUUAACUAUAUGAUUUACACACGCGGCAUGCCCGUAGAUUGGAACAGAAUAGCUGCUAAGGGAAAUUACGGAUGGUCAUACGAUGACGUGUUGCCGUAUUAUAUUAAAUCUGAACGAGCAAAUUUGCGUGGUUUGAAAAACUCUCCAUGGCACGGUAAAGACGGCGAACUCAGCGUAGAAGAUAUUCCAUUUAGGUCUAAAUUGUCGAAAGCGUUUUUAGACGCUGGUCAACUAUUUGGUAAUCGAAGAGUUGACUACAACAGCCCUGACGGAUUUGGAUUUAGUUUCAUUCAAGCUACAAUAAAUAAAGGUAAACGAGCAAGCAGUGCCACAGCAUUCCUUCACGAUAUAAAAAAAAGAAAGAACCUACACAUAUUAACGAGCAGUCGAGCAACUAGAAUCCUAAUUGAUCCGCUCACAAAGACCGCGUAUGGAGUUGAAUUUCAAAGGCUAGGUCAAAAAUACACAAUCCACGCUGCGAAAGAAGUAAUAUUAUCAGCUGGACCAAUCGAGUCUCCGCAUUUGCUAAUGCUGUCUGGUGUGGGUCCGCGAGAACAUUUAGAAUCAUUUGGAAUUAACGUUAUACAAAAUCUCCCGGUGGGACAGACAUUAUACGAUCAUAUUUCUUUCCCUGGUCUUACGUUUCUUUUAAAUGCCACUCAGUUAACAUUAGCUGAAAGGAAAAUAGCCACAUUACAAAAUACAGUGCAAUAUACUCAGUAUGGAGAUGGACCUAUGUCUUCACUAGCGGGUGUUGAAACAAUUGGAUAUAUAAAGACCCAAGAAUCAAAUGAAUUAGGCGAUGUUCCUGAUAUAGAACUGAUUGGAACCUGCGCUUCUCUUGCAUCAGAUGAGGGCAAUAUCGUAGCAAAAGGUAUACGUCUGUCUAAUAGGCUUUACAACAAUUAUUACAAGCCCGUCGAACAUCUAGAAUCGUUCACAAUUAUUUUCAUGUUACUGCAUCCGAAGUCGGUAGGCUAUUUGAAGCUCGGUUCUAAGAAUCCGUUUGAACAACCAAAGCUUUAUGGCAAUUAUUUAACCCAUCCCAAAGACGUAGCGACUAUGGUAGCUGCCAUAAGAUAUAUAAUGAAACUAGUUGAUACACCACCGUUUCUUAAAUAUGGAUCAACUUUGUAUAAUAAGAAAUACCCAACAUGUGUUCAGUUUGAUUACGACAGUGAUCAGUAUUGGGAAUGCGCAGUUCGGACUAUAACAGCAACGCUUCAUCAUCAAAUAGCAACAUGUAAGAUGGGUCCACCCACUGAUCCCAUGGCCGUGGUUGAUCCUGAGUUAAGGGUGUAUGGCAUCAGAAAUUUACGAGUAAUAGACAGUAGCAUAAUACCAGAAACCAUAGCAGCCCAUACAAAUGCACCAGCUAUCAUGAUCGGCGAAAAAGGAGCCGAUCUAAUAAAAUCAAGAUGGGGUUUAUUAGACAACUAUGCUUAAUAAAUCAUAUUUAUUUAAGAGUAAUGAUAUUUCUAAAUUAUUGAAUUUUCAAAUGAUUUAAAUGAAAAUAACCAAAUGAGUUCCCAUUAGUACCUCUAUUUAUAUUGUAGUCUUUAGUUAC